AUGAUUGAUCCACCAAAGCAACCUUUCUACCUCUCGUCUUCCCGUUUAUCUUCUUCGGCAGCUACGCGCCCUUCUUUAUCACCUUACAUAAGCACGAUUUCCACCCGAUGUACCAUCACGCCGCUGUCAACACGUCCUUCCUCAGUACCAGUUGGCGAUGCUUCUCUAUGCAAACAAAAUGGUGGUCUUAAAUUUUUGUCCACACGAAGCAUCUCUCCCACAAAUUUAGAAUUGUCUACUUCCACACUGCACGGUCGUGAUGGUGAUGACUUUUCUACUUCCGUUCCGCUCUUAUCGACACCACCAGCAGUCGCUUCCAACAACCGCUUCCAAGAUUUUACCUCGCCCCCAAACAGUUCGCACCAGUCGCAGCCGGUUUACGAGGAUGACGCUCCUGUUUUCCAAUUUUAUGAAUCCGGUGAUCCACUGUCUUUUCUGCCGAUGCUACCACCACCUCAUGACAACAGCAUUCAAACCGACAAUUCUGGCGUCAACCGAAGUACACCUGGGCCUGUUACGUGCUACUCACAAGAGAGACAUCUACAGGAAUCUACCCCAUCGACAUCAUUACUCUCCUCAAACUUUCACAAUCCACCCUGUUCAAGCAACUCAGUUUCGUUGUCCACGCUGACUCAGAGCUGCUACACAGUCGCCGUCCGCUCUCCGAGACCCUUUGCGCGUUGCGAUAAUAGCUGCAAUUUGGUUGGUUCCAGUGGAAUCCGCUUCACACCUGCCUGUGUCCCUGUGCUCCCUGAUGAGCAAAUUCAAUCGGCCGACGUUAUUGUCACCCUGAUGGACGAAGACGGUGUAAUAUUUUGUCACAACUGCGUGCACACGAAUCAAGCAUCGUUUUCAACAAACCUGAACCAUCUCCGAUUCACUCGCUGGUCAGAUUAUGUUCUCGAAUCGGACAAGGAUAUCUGGGAUGAUCAUUUUAAACGAGCUGUUGAAGCGUCACGUGUUUGUCGCAUUCGCGGACAGUCCGAAUCCCUGGGCUCACCGUUCGCCACGUCUGGUUGCCAGUUUACCACUACGGAAGACAUUGCAACUCUGUCUACUCCACACCUACUGGAGUUCCCAAUCUAUCGGGUUGAAUUGUUUGGACAGAUCUUCCGCGUACGCACUUUCAGCAGGCCUACCGAUUUAACGCAGUCAACAGUUGAUGACACUUGGGCCACCACUGCGUCAUCUCCUGUGAAUCAGUCACUCGAAUAUGUCCCCAAUGGUUGUCUGAUCGCUUUUUAUCACACUUUCCUUCAGAACCCGGAUUCACCCCAUUCUACCAUAGGAUCACUUUCACGUACCGAUCUACGUCCCCGAAAUGGUUUGGAUGUUUCAUGCUCGUCUCGCAUCUCUCCAGCGAUCUCCGACGAUACCUCGAUCGGCUGCACUCCACCCAAUUCCUCAUCCUAUUUCUCAUCCGUUUCCCACACCGAUCCGUUUGACGACCAUAUGUUACGCGGAUUAUGUGAACACAUCCAGACAGGUGUGAAUUACCAUACCUCUUCUCCCUCAGUAACUUACCACCAUCGCCAUCAUCAUCUCCAUUAUGAUAACCUUGCUCGAUCCUCCGGAUCAACUCUGGACCACACCUUCACAUCACCUGCUCGCCCUCUCACUUCCGAGUCUGACCAACUCGACGGUGACCACACAACCGACGCACGUGAUUUCACUAACUCUGGUCCCUGUUUCGUUUCCGAGCCGACUGACUCGAAUCUGAAGAGAUGUCAACAUCGGCGUUCUCAUCUGCAUCACCACCACGUCCACUUGCAUGCUGCCCAUUUACAUCACCACCAUCGUCAUCGCGGCGGCAUCAACAACACUGACACCAUUGCACAUGAACCCAACUGCAAUUUAGAGUUUAUCAAUCCCUUAUCUUUGUCCCCUUCGCAUGCUGUUCUCAGGAACUCUGCAAAACCGGCUUUUAUCGAUACUGUCGUGGGCCACGCAGGAAGUUCUACUGGUAUUAACACGUCCAUGGACCCUUCCAUCAGCCCUCACAGGCUUGAUGCUACGGCUACCAACACCUGUUUCCACAACUUCGCCCCACCGCUGUAUGUUAACCGGGUUAAUCAUGACACAUCGGCCAAUUUGUCCACUAGCACUCAUCCAACUCAGUCCUCCAGUGUCGUCACCGUUCGGUCUUCUGUCUUGGCUGAUAGUGCUUAUCGACGGCAACCCACAAGUCCGAGAGCCAGUGGCUCCAAAAAGGAACAUGGCGAACGUAUAAUGCUUCUACAAAACUUGCUGCCUCUGGAGGCUGUGAAGCAAAUUCGCCAUAUUUGGCAAGAAAUUUACCGCAACAACGAAAAACGCAUCCCUGUGAGCCGGUCCGACAUGCUCAUAACAUCACCCGGACCUUCUGCUCCAUCUGUGAUAAACAUCACAACAGCUGCGAAAUUGGAUGCUACUCUACGCGAGCAAUUUGCUCGCAGAGUGCGACAGGUGGUACGACAAUAUUUGGGUCCCAAUGCUCUGAGAAAUACCAAUCAUUUCGUAACACAACUCCCGUAUAAGUCGCCAGUCGCUGAUCCUUUGGUCACCGAGGCCCCAAGACCGAGUAGUACAAUAGUUACUCAAACUACCAAUGCCACUUCGGUUUUCAAACGGAGAUCAUCAGGCGAAGGUAGCAAUGAGACUAAUGCAAUUUCCUCAAUGAAUCACCCUCUAUCAUUUACUGCUUCAUCUAACAUGCCUAUGGCACCUCAAGAAUGGACUCUGCCACAUUCAUCGUCUGGGCCCAAUACGGUUGAGGACUUGGUGUCUCAGGAGCAACGAACCUUACUUUCAACACCGUCACAAAUUACCUCCUCCAAUCUGAUGGAUCCGCGUGACUGCCUGUCGACUUCAUCCCUUGCAGCUGAUUCUGUCACUUUGGUGGGUGCGCUUAACUCCAGUACGCAGCUUCCGGCCCCUCCUAACACGUGCCUCGCCGACUUGAAAACUACUCAGCGUACAUCUGGCGGCUCAAAAUGUUGUAUGCUUGAGUGGCUUUUGUCUGAAGAGGCGGAUCUUUGUCUGUUGCCUGCGUCCUUUUUUGAGUCUAGGUCCAGCAGCAGUCACACUUUCUCUUCCACUUUCGCUCCCGCAUCGUUGGACUACACUUCUGUUGACACAGUUGCGGGCACUCAGGUGAUCCAAAAGUCUUGCACUGCGGAACCUUCAUCCUCUUCAAACUUUACUUCUCCGCGUGAACCUUCAGGUCAAUUACUCUCAGUUCAAGUUCCCACGAGUGCCUCUUGUCAUGACCAAUCAAUGAGCCCCACCACACUAACAAAUUCAACCGAUGGAACACUACCUAUCUCCAGUUCCCCUACGGCAACUAUCGCUUAUCCACCUUCCUCCACAAGGAGUUAUGAACGCUUGCUGACAGGUUGUUCCCCUGCCUUAUCACCGUCGGUCACACGUUUUCCUGAUUCUGUGGGGUCCAUACCUCCACCAUCGCCCUCCAAGGCAAACAGUCUCCUUGUGCGCCUCUUACAUCCCUCUACAUCGAUUCCUGCUCCCCAGAACAGCUGCACCAAGUGUCGCCCAAAAUCAGCGACCCACUCUGAACCCUCUUCUCCCUGCAUCGGUCCUCCCGAAUUCGCCCUUCAUCAAUCCUCUGGAUCUGGCCAGUCAAAUCACUCCCCCUUGUCUGUUUCUCUUCGGGAUACUGCGCAGUUUAACACCUCGUCACUCGAAACACAGCCUUCCCUUAUCACUGCCGUUGUUACUUCCCUUGCGUCCCCCGCCAAUAAUAAAGCCAAACGUCGCCGUAGCGGUCCACCGACUCCUCAGUCGAACGCCGUCGCAUCUGUCUCAACGCUAACGCGUACUCGUCACGUCUCUUCACAGAUCGAACGCAUCGGUGUUGGUGGUCGGAAUCACUGCACUCCUGCGCUAACACAGAGUCCUCCUAUAACAUCUCUCACACAGCUGCUUUUGCAAGAUUUCCCGUCCACUAAUACGAGUGAUUCAUCAGAAUACGAACUAAACGGACAUAUUCAUAUAACCAAUCCUGCGAAUUCUACCACAGUUCCUUCUAUCGUAUCCGUAUCAUCCUGUAACAUUGGAGCACACAGCCAACAGCUAGUUGGUUUAUCGAAUGGGAUGACAAGCAACUUCUCUACUCCCGUCUGGUCUAUACCGUCGUUACCUACCACUGCGUCGGCCGGCCACUACUCCGCUUCCAAUCGUGUUUUCCCUAUACCGCACCCCAGCGCAACAUCCUCAGUCAUCCCCACAAAUAUCUCAUUGACUUCGCCUAUAUUGGCUCCAACUGAAAGACACUUGGUAGAACCUGUCUCACCGUCUGUGUCCUCCGCCAUCCCCUCAUCUAGAGUACCUCUUUUCCCGAGCAGCCUCUCGACUGGUGUGUCUGUGACCACCAAGUCUGUGCCAUCUUCACAAACCUUAUCUUCCGGACAUUCGACUAGCAACUCAUCCAGUCUGUGUCGAUUGUUGCUGGAUCCCUGCCUUGGAUCCCAGGAUUCCCUUGAGCAGAGAACUGUCUCGACAUCGCCUCUCACCGAACAGGAGACACCCCUUAAAAAGUCUAAAGCUAACUUUUUCCCGACUCUCCAAUCAUCUGCUCCUACUUUGAACUCCUCGAGCCACGAUAUCUACGAGUUUUCCACUGACAGUACGGACUCCGGAGUCAUUCCCCAUGCCAGGUCUGCCGAGUCGCUAUCAGUUCCUGGGCUGCCGGCCUCAUAUCCCUCUGGUCCUCCACUCUUGAAGCAAAUGCACACAUCGCUAUCAACCGAUCCAAGUUCGUCGUCCGGCAAUGUGCUCGGAAGUGAUAUGUAUCAGUCAUGCGCCUCAUCCAUCGCUGGACCUUGUUUGUCCCCUAAGGCAAUCGCCGAGGAGGUGGAGUUUUUAUACGAAAUUCUUCGCCGGGACGAAAUGGAACGAAGUCAGGAGGCUACAUCAUGUUUAAGAGAACCUACGUCAAAUAACUAUUCUCCAAAAUCAAAAAGGUCGCGAUUGGAAUUCCGAACAACCCCAUUGAAUCAUAGUUCUAAGGAUUGUAGUGACAAUAGUUUGUCGAAAAUGACCGAUUCUACUGCUAGCUCCCAAGUAGAUGCUCAGGCAGUAGCACGCAUUUGUGAACAACUUCAAGAAGGCUUCACUUCCCGCCAAUCCGUUUUAUCGCAUGGUGUAAAUUUAUCCGCAUACGAUAACUUUUCUCAAGUCAUUGGGCCUAACCGACUCCCUACUCCAACCUUUGUUGGGCUGAAAUCUGGAUCACCUCGGGCAGGAUCACCAGUAAACCAUGUUGAGAGUACGGAAUUGCUUGGUGGACAUCGUUCUUUUCCUUCUAUCACUGAGUCUCAUCUGACGCAACCCGUCAGUCGGCCCUUGGUCAUUCCGCGCAGUUUAAACAAAGGUGCUGUGGCUACAGCCAGGGCCAUCCAACAAGCUGCUGCUAGCCAACGUCGCAACAUGACUUCCCAGCGCCUACUGAUUGAGCAGCGAACGCGGUUGCUACAGCAUCAACUGUACAAUCAGGUGACGGUCUACUCUGCAAAUGCGAAAUCACCAGAAGUUGUAAUAUCUCCACCAUUGAUUUUAUCACCGGGAGUCCACUCAAGACGACCCGUCUCUCAGAAUCACCUGCAGUCACCCUCGGCCGAACGCUGUUUAUCUUCCCGCGGCUGUAGCUCACCAACCGUGCGCCCGUUCAGGAGGAAUGGCUAUUCCUCAUCGUCUGCCGAUUGUUUGCCGCACCAAAAUUCAGUGCCAAAUUCUGCACACAAUUUUACUGCCACUACGGUCGUCGCUUUCAGUCCGGCCACUUUGACAUCCAGCAGCGCUGAUUCCCGACAUUACCAACAUCGCCCAGAAGAUUUGAUGCGGUUUCUGAAGGAAGUCGGGCCUAAUGUUCAAGUCCAGUUAUCUUCUGUAGCCUCUGAAUCAUCCAUGUCGGCCAUUCAAAAAUCAAAGCGAAGCUCGUUUUUACCAAAUCACCACAUACCAGCGUCUGGUAUCCAUUGUUUGGAUAACCCAUCACAAUGCUGCCAGACAAAUACUAGAACUACCUGUUCAGUUUUGUCGUCAUCCAGUUCUCGAUCGCUGUUCGGUUCAUCCAUCUCUACUACGGCGGUUCUGCCUUCUGCUUCCGAAAGCUCGCGGUCAGCAGUUGCUUCACGGAUUUUAAGCAGCUCUGUUUAUGAUAAUGCACUCGUUUAUUCGUUUCCGAUGCAAGCUAAAAUUGCUGGCCCAAACAACGUCGAACUCAAUUUCCACAGGGAUGGAAGCCAACUAUCUGUUAAGACAUCUGCCCUCGAAAUGCCUACCACAACUUUGUCCACACCAGGCUAUAUGGCUUCGACGACGGUUAGCCCGGACCCAACACAAUCUCUACGUAUGGUCUCUCGCGCUCAUUACAAACAAACCCACCCAUGUGUCGCAUCAAAAGCUCCUCGUACGAUAUUGAUCGACGCUAAACUUCACACUAACCAAAGUACAACUCCUCAUCGGCUUGAAAGAGAGCUCCCGACUAGUCAGUCGUAUUCAAGCUACCUCGAGCCGUACUGGAGUCGGAUGCAAGAUCGCGACUUGACAAAUCCAAUCGAGGCCAAUGCGUAUCAAAUGUUGGAUUCUCCCACUUGCGCGGUGCACCACGUUCCCACCACCGUUGGACACGUCCACUCUUCUAUGUAUAGCUCACGUAGGGUUAAUCCCAUUCAAACUGAUGCAUCUAGGCCAAUGGACCCAGCCAUCUCUUCGCCGCCAAUUUCACACGCAGUGUUCGUUCCGUCUUUGUCACUCAGUUCAGAGUCGAGUAUGCACGUGCCAUCUGCCACGGUUAACACUGUGGUGCACCCAACUCGGCCGCCGCACGCAUUUGUCGCAUCACCCCAUUACAUUGCUUCGUCCCAAACGCUAUUACCUGCUGAGUCUAACCGGACGAGUCAAAAUGCAUCAUUUUCACCGACCAUAGUAGCAUCACUCGAAAGUGUAGGCCAGUCUCCCGACGGUUUUGGGCAGUGUGAUCUUGUGGCUGAUUCGAUAACGCAACCGGAUGCUUCGUCUCAGGGAUCUGGUCUUUCGCAUCCGACCAGUAAUCAACCGAACUGUGUGCUAGAAUUGGACACAAAACAGGAGGAGAGUUUGUUACCCGAGGAUAUCAUCAAUGAUGUAUUCGACUUAGAAACAAUGGUCGCUGCCAAACAACAGCUACGUCAGUCAUACCCUGGGGCAAGUAAAAGCCAACGUCUGUUUUUCAACGACUCACGUUCGCGAUUUUCUGAAAGUGCUUACUCCGAAUAUGCCAUUGACUCGAUCGAGGUGAAUGUUUGCCCUACGUUAACAACUUUCCCAUCCCCUGGAUCUUCUUCACCCAGUCCCUGUUCACCACAUCUCUGUAGCAUCUUGCCUGUGGAUACUCGAUCUUCCUAUAUGCUCCCAUGAAUUUAUUCACAUCUAUUGAUGUUUUCGUCUUUCAAAUCACAUCAUUUUCAAUCCUCUUCCGCGGUUCACGCGGAACUUUGGGGCAUACUCAAAUCACUUCAACGGUCUCUCGUUAGUUUUGCUUUCUCGUUCCUCCCUUUCUUCGUUGCCUUGUGCAUGUGAAUAGCUUACAGGCGUGUACAUAGCUUACUUGUUCUUCAUCUCUCCCUCUCCUCGCUGAGCUUUCUAUUUUGCUUUAUCGUCAUCACUUUUAUCUCAUAUUUGAUAAUCGUAAGGGAGGUUUCUGCUCUUUCACUACACUUCUUCACCAUUACCCUCCUAUCCUGUGCACCUGUUUCUCCCCAGUAGAGAUCUCCGUACUGUUUGAGGUGGUGUUGAUUUUCAUGAGUUUACUGAACCUUCUUUAUGGUAGCUGCGGUGCGCAACACCGAUCGCCACCUAAUCGUCGUGCAAUGGUCCUGUAUUUUCACCUUCGAUCGUUCUUCCAUCCUGCUACCGCUUUUUGACGCCGCUUACACCCGAGCUCUUCGCAGCAAUUCGACAGGACAAUCAAUAAAUGUUUUCUCAAAUGCCACGCGCCAACGUACAAACACUUAUCGCUGACUACCAUCCUACAGAUUUCAUUGCUUAUUUGUACUUGUUUUAACUGGGUGCCGUGGACCUUCCACUCUGCCUUUAUCCUCUGUUUUUUCAAAGGCAUACUUUACCCUAUUUUUAGAAUUUUUGGAUCUCUUUUACGGUCCGUCUUUUGUGCAAAUAUGUGAAGGUUUUAUAUUUCACUUACCUGCCCAUGCACUCCGACUUCUCAGCUUAUCACAAAUUAUCAGGGCUUGCUUAUUUUCAGCGUUUUCUAUUAUUGUGCGGUUUACAGAUGUCUUUUCUUGUUUCACAUUGACGCCUCAGCAUCAUUGUUGCUAAGGUUUCCCGCUUUUUAGUGUAUGGAAUUUGCGCCAGCCCUAAACCACUCAUCCUGUCGAAGCAUUUGGCGCCCGUCCCCUUACUUUGCCUUCGGUUUUCCUCCUUCUCAGUAGUAUGCUGUGUCUUAUUCGCGCCAUUGAUUCUCAUUUCCCCGCAUCACUGUGUGUAACUUCACGAGGCCUGACUAACCUUGUUCAGCUUUUGCAGUUGGCUUAACUUCUCAAUCUGUCCUUCAUCCUUCGCUUUUCAUGUACCUCAGUGCAUACCAACCUGUCCCCUCCUCCCAAUCGUCAGCGCCGAUGUAUUUGCUUUCUCGCUUUCGUUCACGGGACUUUAAUCUCUCCAGUUCUUGGUUGGCGCCCUUCUACUUUCUUAAUGGAUUAAGGAUUGAUUUUCGGAUCUCCAUUCUGCAUCCUUUGUUCAGUUUCCUGUUCAGUUUCUCCACCACCCACUUGUCUUGGCCUCACUCUCUUCUAUAGUGCUUUUUUGGAAUACUCAAAAAUCUCAGCGAGUUUGUUAUUUUCGAUGCAUACUUUCCUUGUUUUUACUACUCAUGCAUAUGGUGUAGAUAUUAUACAUUGUAAAUCAAGGGAAAAUACACAUUACACGUACACG